CAAAGAUGGCGGACGAUGAUGGUGAAGAACUUCAGGAAAGUCUAUCAAAAUUUUGCACAGAGAAACCAAAUACCCACCUCAUCUUGGUAGCUGUUCAGAAAUGCGUUAGUAGUGGAAAAUGGACCCGGCUUUUGGAAUGCUUGACUCGAUCUGACCAUAAGGAUGCUCUUGAAUUUGUUGGUUGGGAACUAAUUGGAGUCAUAUCUCAAGCUAUUGCUGAUGACUUUGAAUCAGAUGCUCUUGAAGAAAGAAAGAAAAUCCUUCGAUUAAUCGCUGAGAGAUGCAGUGCAAAGGAGGUUUGCAUUGGAGUGUUGGAACAACUUGACUCUGGGACAGACUGCCAUUUUAACAAUUUUGUUACUCUGCUGGAUACCCUUAAGACAGCAAUACACAGGCUGCAAGAGAAGAAGUCAAAGUAUGUUGGUAUGGCACUUCCAUGUGUGACAAGAUACAUCAAAGGUAUUCAACUCUCAGAUGAAAUAGAGACAGAGAAAGAGUCUGGCAGUGAAUGUCUGAAAAUGCCAUCCAUCAUGAAACAUGUACUGGAUUUUCUCAGACCAUUGGUGCAGGAAGUCAGCUUGCAAUCAUCCUCUGCUGAAAUUUCCCCCUCAAGUUCUUGCAUCAGCCAAUUAGGACCAGAGAUUAUCAAAUGUUUGAUCCAGCUCUUGGAUUAUCCAUUGGUUUUUGUGGAUUUAGAAAAACAUUCUAAAGAAAAUGCAGACCCUGAUAAUGAGGAUGAUGAAUCCAUUUCUGAGGAGAAAUGUUCUUUGACUGUAAUGGAAUACAGAACAAUUGCACUGGAAAUUAUGAAAUUCAUUCAUAUGGCUAAUGGAUCGUAUCUGUACCUCAUGGAAUACACUUCUAAAACAUACAACAAUGUUCAAGAAAAAUCAAACAAGACUUCAGACAGAGAUGUUUCCGCAGAAGAGGAAUAUGAUGAUGAGGAUGAGCAAGAAAGAAGCUGUUAUCCAGUGUUAGGCCUUGGCUGUUUUGUUUAUUUACUACUUGUGGAAAAGAUGGAAGACAGAAAUAUCCCUGCAGUUUUUAGCUUUAGAUAUUUACUAAGAGUCAACAUCAAAAGCAUCCUCUUCCUUCUUAGCAGAACAGAACACGGUGUCAUUUACAAGGGUUUGGGACUGUUGGAGACAUUGUCAAAAAGACUGAAAGAUAAGAGUUUGGUGUACAAUCAGUACGAGUUCAAAGAUUUAAUGGACAUUGUUAAGGCUCUUAUAAAUGUUAUGACGAUGUGUUCAUCAAAGAAAUUG